AUGGUCGACAACGCAUCGUCGUCCGAACAGACGGUACGCGAUUGUGAAGCUUACAUAGCUAAACAUGAUAUCCAAAAUUUACUACGUGAUUGUAUUGUCCAAUUAUGUUUAAAAAAGCCAUCAAAUCCAAUACAAUUUCUUUCUAAUUAUUUCGAUAAACUUGAUAGUCAACCACCAUCAACAACAACAAAAAAAUCCAGUAUGCGUCAACAACAAACAGCAUCACCAAUUGAACAAACAAGUAAACAACAAUCAACAAAUGGUAGUGUUGCCGGUGAAAAUGAUGAUCUUGGAGAUUUAAAUGAUGGAAAUAGUGGUAAUUUAGGUAGUCAUCAUAAUCAAACAACAUCAAAUGCUAGUGUUAAAACACGUGAACGUCGUGGUGCAGUAUCAGCUGAACCAUAUAAAGAAGAAGAUGCAACAUCUUAUGUUAAAACUGUUAUACCAAAAGAUUAUGCAACAAUGCAAGCAUUAAGUAAAGCUAUACAAUCGAAUUUAUUAUUUUCACAUUUGGAUGAUAGUGAAAAAUCGGAUAUAUUCGAUGCAAUGCAACCAUUUAAUUAUAAACCAGACGAAACAAUAAUUCAACAAGGUGAAGAAGGAGAUUUCUUUUAUAUUAUUGAUCAAGGUGAAGUUGAAGUCUAUGUCAAUAAUAAAUGUGUUACAGCUAUAUCAGAUGGAGGAAGUUUUGGUGAAUUAGCACUUAUUUAUGGUACACCACGUGCAGCAACAAUUAAAGCUAAAACAGAUUGUAAACUAUGGGCUAUUGAUCGAAAAACCUAUCGACGUAUUUUAAUGGGUUCAACAAUUAAAAAACGUAAAAUGUAUGAAGAAUUUUUAUGUAAAGUUAAAAUACUUGAAGAACUUGAUCAAUGGGAACGUUUAACUGUUGCUGAUGCUCUUGAACCUGUACAAUUUAAUGAUGGUGAUAAUAUUGUUGUGCAAGGUGAAAAAGGCAAUGACUUCUUUAUCAUUGCUGAAGGUACUGCUAUUGUUUAUCAAAAACCAUCGGAAGAUGAACCAGCUGUUGAAGUAUCGAAAUUAGGUCCAUCUGAUUAUUUUGGUGAAAUAGCUUUAUUAUUUGAUCGACCACGUGCAGCUACAGUCAAAGCCAAAGGUCCAUUAAAAUGUGUUAAAAUGGAUCGUGGUCGAUUUGAACGUGUACUUGGACCUAUAUCGGAUAUUCUUAAACGAAAUGUUGCUCAAUACAAUUCGUUUAUUAAUUUAGCGGUUUAA